UUUGACAGGAAGAAAGUCAGACAUUCGCUCUUUAAUCUUAGACACUGUAAGUUAGUUUGGCAAGAUGACCCCAAAUAUGGACGAAGCGAUAGAAAAGCUCCCUGAAUCUAAAGAUGUCACAUACCAGCGUCCCGUAAAGCUUGACGACGCUCUCUUGAUGACCAAAUUCGGCAUCUAUAAUCUGUGCUUGAUUACGAUUUCUGGUACUAUCCUGGCGGCAGUGCUGCUGGAAACGUUGGGCAUCAGUUAUGUACUGCCGGUUGCAGAAUGUGAUUUGAUGUUGACUACCAAAGAAAAGGGUAUCUUAAGUGCAAUUUCGUUUGCUGGCAUUAUCAGCAGUUCUCAUCUAUGGGGCUUCUUGGCCGAUACCAGAGGGAGAAGAACGGUUAUACUGCCGACACUGUUUCUUGCAUUUGCGUCUACCGUCCUGUCCAGCUUUACGACCAAUUUUUGGUUAAUUACGAUUACGCGCUUCUUUACAGGAUUUUUCAUUUCCGGCUCAUCGGCAACGAUCUACGCCUACCUAGGAGAGUUUCACGCGAAAUCCAACAGCUCCCGUGCCAUAAUGGGAGCGUCGUUUGUGUUCGGGGUAGGCUGCAUUCUGCUGCCUCUGAUCGCAUGGUCUGUUAUUAAUCAGGAGUGGGAAUAUACCCUUCCCCUGCUCAAUAUUGUCUAUCGGCCAUGGCGCCUGUUUAUCGUGGUGUGCGGAUUGCCCAGUCUCGUCUGUGGGAUAGCACUGCUCUACUUUCCCGAGAGUCCAAAGUUUUUGUUCUCCCGAGGGCAUGAACAGGAGACAAUCAUGAUUAUGCACAAAAUGUACCGAUGGAACACUGGCAGAAAGGGUCCCAAACUGGCGCUUACUUCACUGCUACAGGAGACCGAAGCGCAGCAAACCAAAAUUCGCCGCGAAGAAACAGCCAACAACAAAAGUGUUCUACGGCUGCUAAAACAAAUGUGGCAGCAAACGGCACCGUUGUUUAUGGGCCAGUACUUGAAGCGAACCACCAUCAUUUGUGUGCUACAGUUUGGCAUUUACCUGACAUCGAACGGAAUGUACAUGUUCUUUCCGGACAUUUUGAACCGCAUCGCCGAACUGGAGGUUCAGGGUGUUGACCGCACAACUAUCUGUCAGGCAGUCUACGCGACACAGGUCGACAUUAGCCAGCUACAGCAGCAUGACGUUAAUGCGACAGCACUGCCCGAAGUGUGCCAUCAAAAGCUGGAUAUUUCUGCCUAUGAGCAUUCGUUCGUGCUGGAAACUAUUUACGCGCUAGGCUUUGCCGUAAUAGGACUUAUUAUCAAUGCGGUUGGGAAGCUUCCUAUCUUGGUGUUCAUAUUUGGUUUUUGUGGCAUUAGCGGGAUACUCAUCGUGUUCAUAGAUCUACCAUUGCUAGCCAUCUGGUUCUACGUAAUUCUGCUAACUUGUGGGUUCUGCAUCAGCGUAGUCAAUGCAUGCACGGUAGACCUUUUCCCGACUAACUUGCGUGCCAUGGCAGUGUGCAUUUCGCUAAUGUUUGGAAGAUUAGGAAGCGUCGUUGGUGCGAAUAUCGUCGGGUUCCUGCUGGAUUCACAGUGCGAGCUGACGUUCUGGAUAUCGGGCAUUUCGCUGAUAGGUUGCGGAGUGCUGUCCUUUUUCAUUCCCAACAUUUACAAACGAAAUGCGUUGGAAGAUAGAAUCAGUAUUUCAUCACGAUAA